AUGGCCCCAUCCUGGCUUGAGAAAUUCAUUGUCCGCGAAGACGCAACGCCUGAUGCCAGACGCAGCACAGAAACUCCAACUCUUGAGAUGCACUACACCGCUCUUGCGGGACAUCGCCGUAUCCUAGGAAUAAAGGGCGACAGAAAACCCCGCUACGAAGUGACAAGAAAAGCAAUCCUCGCCGUCUGGGGAGAUAAAUGCUAUGUCAAAUCGGUUGAGAGCGAUGCAGAAAUAGCUGUGAUGGACUUUCAUAGCUUUCCAGCCAAGACCGAGGUCAACUUCACUCAACGCAAACACAACAUUGACAUCAAGGGGAACGUCGGACCUUUUCAAGCUAGUGGGGGGAUUGGCGAGCUGCAUUGGAAGCCAACUGGUAUCGUACCAUACGGAAAAGCCUCGUGGGAGCUCAGGGACGAAGGGAAUCUUGUGGUGUCAGUCACCAUUGAUGAUCAUCAAGCAAAUGGCGUUAUCAGCCUUUGGAGGAACGACUUGGAUCCAGAGACAGUUGAAGAGUUAGUUAUAGUUGGAGUUUCCAAGAUUGAGGAGUAUAGGAAGUUAAUGAGGAACUCCAAAACCUCUGCUGUGUCAGUUGCCUCUAGCGCAGCGUGGCUAGCCUAG